AUGAUGAACCCACUUGUAGUGGUGGGUGACGGAUCAACAUCGAAUCAGAAGAAAAAAUACAACUUUGAUCAAUUAUCCCUUCAUAGAGUUGGCAACCCCAACUCUAUCAUCUGUUCGACGAUUCUGAUAGGUGACAACUACUUUGGCUGGUGCAAAGCGAUCAAGUUAGCCUUAUUGGCAAAAAAUAAGUUAGGGUUUUUAGAUGGAUCGUGUCCUAAGCCAACUGAUCCCUUUGAUGCUCGACGAUGGAUGAUUGUAGAUGCUAGGGUUCGAUCUUGGAUUAUGAACUCGAUCUCUGAAGAACUGAAAGGAUAUUUCCGAGGAAUCUACACUACACAAGAACUCUGGGCUGAAAUCAAAGAUGGUUAUGAAAAGAAUAAUGGACAAAGAAGAUAUGGGGAAGCCAAAAGAGAGGUUAACAUUGAAGAACAAUCUGUGAACUUCAAUGCUAUGUACAUUAGAGACAAUCAAGGAUUCAAUAGCCCGAACUUUGGAAGAAGCUCCAACUUUAACUCAGAAAAACAUAUGAUUUGGUUUACAGCUAGCAAAUAUUCAAAAUUACCAAGCACUGAUUCAAAACCCUUGAAGAUUAUGAGCUAUAAUGUCUGGUUUCGAGAAGACUUGGAACUUGAAAAUAGGAUGAGAGCCCUUGGAAGCCUCAUUCGUCAUCAUUCUCCAGAUGUCAUAUGUUUCCAGGAGAUUACCCCCAAUAUAUAUAAGAUUUUUCAGAAGUUCAACUGGUGGAAAGCUUAUAGCUGCUCUGUUUCACUUGAAAUGGCAAUGAAAAAACGCUAUUUCUGUAUGCAGAUGAGCAAACUGACACCGAUAUCCUACAGAAAAUAUCCAUUUCUUAAUUCCAAAAGGGGUCGAGAACUUUGCAUAGCCGAGCUCGAGAUCAAGCCUGAUUUGUCUUUACUGAUUGCCACCUCUCAUCUGAAAAGCCCUGGCCCUGGACCAUCUAAAUGGGAUCAAAUGUAUAGCAAGGAAAGAGUUCAACAGGCGAAAGAAGCCAUGCACAUCCUUAAAGAAUAUCCUAAUGCCAUUUUCUGUGGAGACAUGAACUGGGAAGAUGAGUUGGAUGGUCGUUUUCCUUUUCCAAAUGAUGGAUGGUUUGAUGCUUGGGAAAUGCUAAGGCCAUGUGAAAAUGGAUGGACUUACGAUACUAAAUCGAACAAGAUGUUGUCGGGUAAUAGGAGUACCCUUCAGAAGCGGUUGGAUCGUUUUGUAUGCUGCCUUAAGAAUUUUGAAGUUAGUGGAAUCGAAAUGAUCGGCUUGGAGGCAAUACCCGGUUUGACUUAUUUUCAAGUGAAGAGAAUUAAAGGGACAGUAUAUGAAUUUGAGCUGCCUGUCUUUCCCAGCGAUCAUUACGGUUUAAUCUUAACAAUCAGCUUGAAGUAG